AUGAAUCGCCCAGUUCUUGGCCUAGAUUAUGCUCGCCUGAAUAUUCCAGUUCUGGACCAAAAGUACCCCCGUUGGAAUGAUCUGUUCGAUACCAUGAACUUCGACGAUAGAGGAUCCCUUCGCAGAAUUUUGCAAGCUGCUAGGAGUGCGGAGACAUUUCACCCCUUUAACCUCAAGCUCACUGAAAGCGCCACACUGAGCGACGCUGAAAUGACUGCUGUUCGUGACCUGUCAUAUGCGUUCAACCGAAACCAUCUCUGUCGUGAUAUGGUUCGUCAUCUUAUGUUGUUCUCCAGGCAUGAUGACGAACAGUUCACUCUUGAAAACGAGGCAAAGUUUUACACCGAGGUGCUCAAAAAGGUUGAUUUGAGUCCCGUUCGUCAGCCAAAGGUUUAUCUUCAGGUUCGAAGAGAGUUUCGUCGGCUUGCACCAGACUUAGAUGAUCUGGAUGAGAAUAGAGCGGCGGCAGAAUUGGAUCGAUGGGCAAGCUGGGAGAUUCCUAGAUUCUGUGAUAACAUGGAGGUUGACAGGAGGAGAGCUACCGAAACGCAACAUGAUGGAGUAGUACAUGUUCAAGAUACGACCAAAUGGAAAAACGACAGGGAAGUCGUACGAGUGGAGAAUAACGAAGAAGCUGAGAUAAUUGAGUCCGCCAAGAUUCUAAUGUCGAUGAGCAUGGAAAGAGGUAUGGAAAGUCCGGUCGUAACAUCUGUUGCGAUUCCUCAGAUAGCUAACUGCAACAAGAGAAAGAGCGAAGAACCAGAUGAUGAAUCAAACAACAACAAAGUUGCAUCUUGCAACACAACAAAACUGCAAGAAACAUCACUUGAUACAGCCCAGAUUAUCUGCACAUUAUUCCACACCAUUCAUUCCAACAGAAUUAUCAUUCUUAGUAUCUCAAGGCAACAAACCAAUUUCUUCAAACGACUGAACGAGCGAGCGACUUUACCAGCAUCUCGAAUAUUCUCAAGCAACAAAACAGCAAAACGAAAGUAG